AUGCAUGCAAGGAUCGAGGUUCUUCGCAAACUCAACUCAUUAGUGAAAAAUUGGGUGCGAAAGGUGUCGGAGUCUAAGCUUCCUGCUGAAAUGUGUGAAAAUGUUGGUGGGAAGUUAUUCACUUUUGGAUCUUAUAGAUUAGGAGUGCAUACACGAGGCGCUGAUAUUGAUACGCUUUGUGUAGCACCUAGGCAUGUUGACCGGUCGGAUUUCUUUGGCUCAUUCUACGACAUGCUCAAAGCAGAUGAUAAUGUUACUGAUCUACACGCCGUCGAAGAUGCAUUCGUCCCCGUCAUUAAGCUCAAAUACGCUGGCAUUGAGCUUGAUAUCCUUUUUGCGAGAUUAGCUUUAAAG